GCCCAUGAACUCUUUGCGCUCCCCUCGUCCGGCACAGUCGACGCUAGUGUGCUCUUCAACAGGGUCUCAGCAAACAGCCCGCCGCUCUUCAAAACCCUGAGUGGGAGAGAGCCCCGCAAGGAGGGCGGCGAAAUCUAACGAACCCAAAUGGCUCGUCAUCUCUCUUCUUCCCUCGCCUACACCGCAGCCACCUCCAAAACCCUAACCCCCCUCCCCUCCACCUCCGCCUCGGUCUUGCUCCAUGCUUUCUCCACCACCACCGACGCCCCUCCCUCCGAUCCUCCUCCGCCCGAAUCCCCCGCUUCCUCCUCGUCCGCCGGCGAUGGGGAUGGGGAGUCGCCUCGGAAGGCGAGGCGGGGCGGGGGCGGGGGCGGGGGCGGGGGCGGUGGCGAGAGCCCGGAUCGGCUGGACGAGACGAUCUGUUACAUGAUGGCGCGGCGGCCGUGGACGACCCGCCUGCAGAACUCGAUCCGGUCGCUGUGCCCGCACUUGGACCGCGACGUCGUCGUGGGCGUGCUCCGCGGCGCCCGCCACCCCAGCCACGCCCUCCGCUUCUUCCGGUGGGUGGAGAAGACGGGCUUCCGCCACGACCAGUCCACCUACGCCGAGAUGGUGUCCAUCCUGGCCCGCGCGUCCAUGCUCAACCACGCCCGCUGCCUCAUCCUCGACGACAUGCCCAAGCGCCUCGUCAGCCCCGACGAGCCCAUGCUCGCCGCCCUCCUCGACGCCUACGGCCGCAGCCGCAUCCCCCAGGAGGUCGUCAAGCUCUUCCGCCGCAUGCCCGACCUCGGCGUCCCCCGCACCGUCCGCUCCUACGACGCCUUCUUCAAGGCCAUCCUCCGCAGCGGCCGCGUCCUCAUGGCCAAGAGGGUCUUCAACUCCAUGCUCCGCGACGGCAUCGCCCCGCAUCUCUCCACCUACCACGCCCUCCUCUGGGGCUUCUGCCUCUCCGCCAAGAUGGACACCGCCGCUCGUUUCUUCGCCGACAUGAAGGAGAGGGGCAUCGCGCCUGAACCCGUCGCCUACAACACUCUGCUCAACGGCUGGGUCCGGGCGAAGAAGAUGGACGAUGCGGACAAGGUGUUUGCCGAAAUGGCCCGCACGGAUUGCCCGCCCAAUUCGAUCUCCUACAACAUCAUGAUCAAAGGCUACGUGUCCGUUGGACGGGUGGAUGACGCGCUGCGGCUGUUCGGCGAGAUGGCCGCCAAAGGGCUCAGGCCCAGCGAGAAGACUUUUGCAGCACUGAUGCCGGGGCUUUGUGACGAUACCAGUAGAACAGCGGAGGCCCGCAAGGCGCUCGACGAAAUGGCCGAGCGGCGGCUCACCCCAAAGGACAAGUCCAUCUUCUUUCGAUUGGUAUCCACUCUGUGCAAAUCGGGCGACCUGGAUGGAGCCAUCGAAGCGCACAAGAAGUCCGGUCAGUUCAAGCACGUCGUCGUGGAUCCCAUGCAGUACAGCGUUUUGAUCGAGAGCUUGUGCAAGGGAGGGAACUACAGCAGUGCGGUGCAGACGCUCGAUGAGGUUCUUGAGAAGGGGACCUUGUCGGAUCCCCAGACUCCCGCUUUGGAGGCAUCCGCGUACAAUCCGAUGAUCGAACACUUGUGCGGCAACGGCGAGACGAAGAAGGCUGAAACCUUCUUCAGGCAGUUAAUGAAGAAAGGGGUGGAUGAUACAGUGGCCUUCAACAAUCUGAUCCGCGGGCAUGCAAAGGAAGGCGUCCCCGAAUCCGCAAUGGAGAUAUUAAGCAUCAUGACACGCCGGGGUGUCGCCACAGAGGCCGAGUCCUAUGCCUUGCUUGUCGACAGCUUCCUUAAGAAAGGAGAGCCCGCAGAUGCCAGGUCAGCACUUGACAGCAUGAUGGAGCAAGGGCACAUGCCAAGCCCAUCUCUGUUUCGCUCGGUAAUGGUGGCGUUGUUCGAUGACGGCCGGGUCCAAACUGCUAGCCGAGUGAUGAAGAGCAUGAUCGAGAAGGGAGUGAAGGAGAACAUGGACAUGGUCCACAAGAUCCUAGAAGCACUUUUCAUGAGGGGGCAUGUGGAGGAAGCACUUGGGCGCAUCAAUCUGAUGUUGAACAACGAGUGCUUCCCUGAUUUCGAUAAGCUGCUGGUUACCCUUUGUGAUAGCGGCAAGGCGAUGGAGGCCCAGAAGCUCGCGGAUUUUGGGUUGGAGAGGGAUUGCGAUAUCAGCUUCUCGAGCUACGAUCGAGUACUCGAUGCACUGUAUGUCGAAGGAAAGACACUGCCAGCUUAUUCUAUACUUUGUAAGAUCAAAGCGAAAGGAGGUGUGGUGGACCAAAAGGGCUGUGAAGCUCUGAUCAAAAGUCUAAAUGCCGAAGGGAACACCAAGCAAGCUGAUAUUCUAUCCCGGGUGUUGGCAGGGAAAGAACCCUUGUUGCCCAAGAAGGGUAAAAGAGUUGCAAUGGCUGCGCAUUAAGACUACUGGGAUUUGAUAAGUGGAGUUCCUAUCUCCUCCUGCCCUUCGGUUUUUUUCCCCCUUUAUAUCUCUAAUAAUCAUUUAGUCAAUACGCGGGCGGGACAUUCUGUUGUUCCAUGUUGUGAUUUGCGCUCCUUUUUUGUAGGGAUGGUUUCUCUUUGCUAUGUGCCCCCUUUUUUCCGCUUCUUGGGGGUUGCUAACCCUUGCAAUUGAUAUCUGGGUUAUUUUCUUAUUUCAAGUUGCAAACUUCAUCUUUAGUUACUGCUCCUCGCAAGAUUGCUAAUUAUUUGAUAAAUGAUGAAGCCAUGUUCCUGCAUAUUCAUUUUAUUAGGAAUUGAUAGGGCUAGUCUGUUU